AUGGCGAAAUCUCGAGACUUUUACGACGCAGCACAAGAAAUAAUGAAAAACUAUGAUCUAACACCCAACGAGAUGAAUGCAAUUAAAGAGGCAAAAUCAAAAAUCACAAAUCACAUGUAUUUUGCUUCAGCUUUUGGUGGAACAGUGGGAUUUUUAUUAGGUAAACAUAGACGGUUUCGGCCGCUGGCAACAAUAGCGGUAGGGGUGGGUGGUGCUAUAAUAGGUGGACAACUUGGGUUAGUGACGGGGUCGUUGUCAGCCAUACGUACAAUACAUAAGUUGCCGUCAAGUGAAAAGAUUUUUGCAAUGAUGAAGGAUAUGCAGAUGGAAAUGGUAAAGAGACGUACUAUGUUGCCACAAGGUCCGACACAACCGGUGUCUGGAAGACCGUCACAUCCGUUUAAUAAAUCAUAUGAGCAGAGUAGAAAUAAAAAUGAUGACUUUAGUGAGACUGUUACAUUCUCUGAUGAUAUAAAACCUAGGCAAGAUCAUGCUGAUCCGUAUUUAUAUAAAAGCAGUAGUAGUGACGAGGUUAUGAAUGAUGGUAAGGUACGAUCCACGGAUACUAUGAGAGAUGAUGGUGUAGCGAAUACAAACAAUCAACCCGACUGGUCAAUCAAGAACGAGCGAACGAAUUCUACAUCUCAAGAUUCUUCUCCACCUUGGUCGAUACCUGAAAACCAAUCAGAACAAGCAAAUUCAAAAAGUCAAACUUUAGCAACAAAAACAACAUCUGCUUGGGAUAAGAUACGUGAACAAACGAGUCAGCAGCGACGAGAAAUGACCUCGUCAUCACCGCCAUCUGCCUCCACUCCAAUAUGGCGACAACGAUCAGAUGGUGAUGAAUUCAAAGAAGCUGGUGUCGAUGAUUCAAAUUACGAUUACAAUAAUACCUUUUAUCCGCCACGAACUCGCGAAGAUACCGAGCAAGUACAACGCGAGGGAAAGAUACGAACAAAUAAAUACGGUGAUAUAACGUAA